CCCAACUCUCCCCAGCCAACCCAGGUGGCUGCCUCCGUCUCAAACGUAGAACCCUUCAGGCCCAGAGGCCCCUCCACACUUCCUGUGUGGGGUUCAGAAACCCGCCUCCCCUCCCAGCCAAAGGUGCCUGCUUCGGAAAAUGAAGUUGUGAGCCAACUGGCCUCCGCCAUCUUAGGUAGAGUGAGUGUCCAGUGAGGGAAGGAUGCAGUCGGGGAAUCUCUGGCGAGUUCUGGGACUCUGCCUCUUAUUAGUUGGUGCUUGGGCACAAGAUAAUACUGAAGAGAAACCAUAUGAAGUCUCCAUCUCUGGAAACACUGUUGAGCUGACGUGCCCUCUAGAGCCUGAAAGUGGAGUAAAAUGGAAAAAAAGUGAUGAACUAAUACCCAAAGGUGAUGGGAAACAGCUGUUACUGGAAAAUUUUUCAGAAAUGGAAAACAGUGGUUAUUAUCAGUGCUACAUAACCGAAGGCAGCACAGAGAUGGCACAUAAGCUGUACCUGAAAGCAAGAGUGUGUGAGAACUGCAUGGAGGUGGAUCUGAUGGUGGUGGUCACAAUCAUCGUGGUUGACAUCUGUGUCACUCUGGGCUUGCUGCUGCUGGUGUAUUACUGGAGCAAGAGCCGAAAGGCCAAGGCCACGCCUAUGACGAGAGGAGCGGGCGCUGGCGGCAGGCCCCGGGGACAGAACAGGGAGAGACCACCCCCUGUACCCAAUCCAGACUAUGAGCCCAUCCGGAAAGGCCAGCGGGACCUGUAUGCUGGCCUGAAUCAGAGAGGCGUCUGACAACUCCUGAUGCCAUCUCCCAUUGACCCAGGUCUGACUCCUCUCCAGGCCUGCCACGCCCUGUUUGUUCCCUGGGCAAAUCCUGGACCCCCAGGAGAACUGUUCCUCUGCCUUGUGGGGAGCUUCCACCCUCAGCCUUGUCCCCAGCGGCCUCCUUCCUGCCUUCUCUGCUGGCGCCCAGUCCAGGGAUGCUGCUGCUUUAUUAUCCUUUGAAACAUCAUAGCUACUCACCCCUUCACACCUGGCCGGCCUUCUUGUCGGGAUAUUUAUUUCCAUUCUUCACGCCGCCCUGCCCCCAUUCGUUCCUUCCCCAGUGGAUAUUACUAUUCCCCUUGGUUCCCUCUUUCUACAUAGCAACUGCCCCAUAGUUGGUUCCCUCUUUCUACGUAGAAACUGCCCCAACCCUAACUAUUCCACCCACCUUUCUCUGUUUCUAGCUCUCUUUUUGGAAACCCUUGGUGGGAAUGGACUGGGUAAAUGCUGGCAGAGGUCCUGCCCUGUUCACAGACCCCAACCCAGAGCUCGCUCUGUGCCCCCUCCCUCCCUGUCUCCACUGCAGACUCCUAGAUGGUCAUUUGUAGCUCCAUGAAUGUGCUAAAUUCCUUGUCAGCUGAGAAAGAAAAGAAAUAAACUGUAUUUGGCUGAAA